AUGGCCAAGAUUAAGGCUCGAGACCUUCGCGGCAAGAAGAAGGAGGAGCUGCUGAAACAGCUGGAGGACCUGAAGGUGGAACUGUCCCAGCUGCGCGUGGCUAAAGUGACAGGCGGCGCGGCUUCCAAACUCUCCAAGAUCCGAGUGGUUCGUAAAUCCAUUGCCCGUGUAUUGACCGUCAUUAACCAGACUCAGAAGGAGAACCUCAGGAAAUUCUAUAAGGGCAAGAAGUACAAGCCCCUGGAUCUGCGGCCCAAGAAAACACGUGCCAUGCGCCGCCGGCUCAACAAGCAUGAAGAGAACCUGAAGACCAAGAAGCAGCAGCGGAAGGAGCGGCUGUACCCCCUCCGGAAGUACGCAGUCAAGGCCUGA